AUGUUGAUCAGUACUGUCCCAGGGAUGCUGGGAGCAGAGAUGAACUCCCCUGACCUGAGGCAGCUGGUAGUGAGUCAGCAGAAGGUCCAGCAGAGAUUCCAGGAGAGAGAGAAGGAGCUAAAAGAGCUCCAACAGGCUGUGGAGUCUCUCAAGAGUUAUCAGUCUCUCUCCAGUAUCAGUGUAUCUUCAGACUUACCCAGCAUCGUUGUCCGUCCUCUUCAGUACUUUGGAGACGUGAGUAAGACUGUGUCUGAACUGAGAGAGAAAUUAGAGGACUUCCUUAAAGGAGAAUGGACCAAGAUCUCCACUACAGUGAAUAUAGUUGAUGUUGUACUGCCUCCAGAGCCCAAGACCAGAGAACAGUUGUUACAAUAUUCCUGUCAGCUCACACUGGACCCAAACAUAGCAGGCACAUGUCUCUCUCUGUCUGAAGGGAACAGAAAGGUGACACGUACACAUCAAGUACAACCAUAUUCUGACCAUCCAGACAGAUUCACCAACUACUACCAGGUUCUGUGUAGAGAGGGUCUGUCUGGACACUGUUACUCGGAGGUGGAGUGGAGUGGUUAUGUUAUUACAGCAGUCUCAUAUAAAGACAUCAGCAGAACAGAGACAGGUAAUAUAUUUGGACACAAUAACAAGUCCUGGAGUUUAAAGUGCUCUAGUGGUGGUUAUUGGUUCACACACAAUAAUGUUGAGACUAAAGUAUCAGGCCCUCAGUCCUCCAGAGUAGGAGUGUACCUGGAUCACAAGGCGGGUACUCUGUCCUUCUACAGUGUCUCUGACACAAUGACCCUCCUCCACAGAGUCCAGACCACAUUCACUCAGCCCUCUCUAUCCUGGGUUUUAUCUCUUUUUUGGUACUGCUGAGCUGGUUAAACUGUAGUAGGGUCCACAUAGAUACUAGUCAUGC